GCAUGUGUGAACCUUUGGCCAAAGAAGGAGAAGUGUAAACCAUGGCUUCUCUGGCAAGCUUAGCUACAGUUCAACCAGCUAGUAGUGUCAAGGGCCUUUCUGGAAGUUCCCUUAAUGGAACCAAGCUCUCUUUCAAGCCCUCUCGCCAGAGUUUCAGACCCAAGAAUUUAAGGAGUGGUGCUGUGGUAGCAAAGUAUGGUGACAAGAGUGUGUACUUUGAUUUGGAGGAUCUGGGCAACACUACAGGUCAGUGGGACUUGUAUGGUUCAGAUGCACCUUCACCCUACAAUCCUCUUCAGAGCAAGUUCUUUGAGACAUUUGCUGCUCCAUUCACAAAAAGGGGAUUGUUGCUCAAGUUUUUGAUCCUAGGAGGUGGCUCCACCCUCGCAUACUAUAGUGCCACAGCUUCAGGUGACAUUCUACCAAUCAAGAAGGGCCCACAACUUCCUCCAAAGCUCGGUCCUCGUGGCAAGAUCUAAUUUAGUUUCGGAAUUAUAGCACUUUUUGUUUUUCCUUGUCUUCUUUUGAAUUGAACAUGUAUAUCUCUGCUUCAUAAUGUGUAAGUAUAUAUACUCAUAGCCUACUUCUAUUCAAAUGAUGUUGUUUA